UCAACGGUAUUCAGGCUAUAGAAACUUAAAAUUUUCAACGUUGCCAGAUGUAUAGUUUUUAAUAUAAAUAACCGAAAUUAUCUUUACGUGGUCGUAUGUAAAUGAACAAUUUUACUUUUAUUUUAAAAUCACAUUUUACAUUUCCCUCGUAAGUUGGAGUUGCGAUCUUGAUAACAAAAUGUUCAUAAUAAAUUUAUUGUGCAAAACAUGGCGUAUUAUUUUGUUAAAAUUUAUUGGGCUGUAAUUUAUUUCGCAGUCAGUUGAGUUAAAAGCGUGUAACGUUCUAUUUUGUUUUCUCUUUCGUUGGAACACGUGGAUAAAAAACAAUUUCAUCAGUUGACUGAGUUCCGUUUUCAUAUACAGUUAGUUGUUUUUUCUGUGACACAUUGGAAUUUGUAUAUUCGUAUAAUAAGUGAUUGCCAUUAAAAUGUAGUGUUUUUAAUAUUAUAAACAGUGUUUUUGUGGGAUAGAGAUAGAUCUUUAUCUACAAUGUUUCAAAACUUGGCCAAUUAUUUGUUAGGCUCCGUAAUGAGUCAAGAAAGCGGAGUAACAGCGGAAGGGGUCCAAAACGACGGUACGAUAAGGUUAAGAUCCGAAGUACAAGAGGACGAUUGGGUAUUAGUGGACAGAGAUAGCGAAGGCAAUUCGGACACUUGUUCAGUGGAAAGUUUAGAUGACAUCGACGAAGAGGUACCCGCCGUUAUGAAACGGGUUCUAACCAGAUCGAGUUCAACGUCGUCUCUAUUAUGCGCUUCUAAUAUGGAGGAAUCGUGGUUCGUAACACCGCCGCCGUGUUUCACGUCGCAAGGGCCUGUCCAUAUGGAGACUUCUCCAUUGGAGAAUCUCCUCAUCGAACAUCCCAGCAUGAGUGUUUACCGCAUUCAUCCGAGUAGGAGACAUUUUACGGUGACGGUACCCGUCAGAUCUGCUUCUUCGGCUUCGAGAUUAAGCAAUGAAGAAGAAGAGGAUUUGGAAGUCGAGGACGAGGACGUAGACGGACAGGAUAUUGCCCUAGUUAAUAGGAUACCUCGUUUGAAUAGAUUACAAGUUAUGCAACAGCAAGAAAGGCAAAGGUACAAGCACAAAAGGGCGCAAAAGGUGCAAGUGCAAAAGGCAUGUGAAACUAUCAAGAGGGGUAAUUUGGAGAGGAACAACAAGGCUCGUGAAGUCAAUAGUCGUAACCGACGACAAAGACGCGGAGAACGUUCCCAAGGUGCGAGACGUUCUUUCGCAAAUAACAAUCGCAAAUGUUAAAAUUUCUAAAAUUAUUGAUCUCUUUUCGCAACAUCCGACGAUUUUCCAAAUGUCGCAUUCAAAUUUUAUUAUAUUUCUAUAUGUUACAAUUUUGGUGUAUCUCGUAUAUCAAUAUACAAAAAAGAAUCAUCCUCUUAUGUAAAUUAUCUUCUUAUGAUCAACAGUUAUAUUUCUAUAUCGCGCCCACCUCUACUAUCCCUCACAUCUACGCCAUGUUAGAUUUGAAAAACGCGCAAACGCACAAGUUCAAUAUUUGAAAAUCCCGCGGUAAUUAUUGAAUCUAACCUACUCAGUAUAACCAACUUUAAUAAAAAUAUACUGUAAGAAAUUUAAUGAAGAUGGAGGAUAAAGUUUCUUAACGCGAAACUGAUUUAAAUUUACAUAACAGGAUGUUAAAAAAAUAUCAUUCUAGGGCUUCUCUAAUAUGUAUCCGUUACGACAUAAGGGGAAUAUUGAUUAAAAAUCCCUUCGAUAUUGUGAAUAUUUUUCUUUAUAAGGUCUAGAAUGAAAUUUAAAAAAAAUAAAUGAAAAAAGAGCACCAUGUUCAGAUAUUUAUUAUCUUCGGAUGUUGCCGUUAAUUUUACGUCUUUCAAUAUAUAAUUUAAAUCAAUCACAUUGCAGGUAAGACUCGGUUGAGAAUAAGAGAUUUGUAGAGGUGUGUUAGAAAUAAGUUAUUUUGUAACUUGACAGGUUUUUUAGCACAUCUCUUCAACAGCCUAAGUAGUGUGGUCGAAUAUAAUGUAGAUACAAAUAUAUUUUUAUCAAUAUCAUAGUGAGACAUUUUGAAAAAAUUAUUUAUUUUUUCGUUUAUUUUACGAUGUCGUCCAAAAAAAACUAUUAUUACAUUUUACUCACACUAUAUAUCAUUUUCGGUAAGAUUCCUGGAAAAAAACUGAUGAUGUAAUCGUAUUUUUCGAAAAUAGUAACGUUGGCCAAAUUAUAUCGUCCUCCAAUUGAACUUUUUCCAAAAGUGAUCUGCCAAAAAUGUAAAAAUACACUUUUUUUUUAAUUACAACUAUGGUAUCUAUAUUUGAAAAAUGAAAAAAAAAAUCAAAAUAUAAAAACCGAAAAAAAUUUUUUGAUUUGGCCAAUUUACCGCGCAGAUUUGGCUCAUUUAACACAAAUCCCAUCCACGCAAUGUCACUGAUACAGUACAAAUCUAAUAAUAGGUGAAUAUCGAUGAUUUUUUUUAAACGAAAAGGGCACAAAGAUUUAGCAAUACUACAAAAAAAAUUUUUUCAUUAUGAUUUUAAAGAAAUUUUUGUUGUGAGAGAACAUUUCGUGUGCCCUUGGUAAUAGCAAUAUGCAUGUAUUACGUGGAAUUUUUAUGAAGCAUUAAAGUGAAAUAUUAAAAUUGCAGUUUUAAUUUUUUUUAAAUUAAAAGUAUUUUUACUAAUUUUUUCAAUGAAAAUCAGCUUACUUAUAGUGCUCAAUACGUUUAUGGAAAAAUUCACAAUUCGAGGUUAUGUUCUAUACACUUCAUACGGAUUUUUUUUUGAUUUGGGGAUUUUUCAUAAAUUCACUUACAGUAGCUUGGAAUGUUUUCAAAAAACCUUUUCUUCCGUUUAAAUUGUCUGAAAAACUGAACUUAAUAAGUAAAAAUUAGUUUCUUCUCAUCUAAAUUAAUCACAAACCAACAACGUUUUCCACAGUUGAACUAUCAAACAUUUCCGAAUUGUUCAGAAUAACACGAAUACACAACACAUGGAAGACUAUACGCAGUUGCCAGAUUGUAAAAUUUGUUAGUAACUAAUUUUACGUACACAUAGAAUAACACGCUUAACGACUAUUACUUACCAUUAAAAUAAAGUAUUUCUAUCAGUUUCCAAUGUAAAAAUACUAAUGUACAUAUCACCUUAUGAAUCACACAGUAAAUUAAAAAAAAAGUUUACAAAAUAACUCGAAAUAACUACAAUAAAGUGGCAACGCUGUUGAAUAUAUAUUCAUUUCUGUUCAGUCAGCGAACGUUCCCGAAUAGUUCGAAAUAACACGACUACACAACAAAUGGAAGUCUAUACUCAGUUGCCAUAGAAUAAUACGCUCCACCACCAUUAAUUACGAAUAAAAUGAACUACUUCCAUAAAAAACCAUUAACAACACAUCACCAUAUGAAUCACAGAUACUGGUAAAUCCAAAAAAACGUUUACAACUGACUGCAAACAUAUGGAUCAAGUGGCAACGCCGCUAAAUACACAUCAUUUUGAGUUGAGUCAGUGAACGUUCCCGAAUAGUUCCGAAAUAAACCGAUUCCACUUCAUAUGCGAGUCUACGUUGAUGCCAGAUUGUACAUUUUUUCAGUAACUAAUAUUGAGGAAUCAAAUUAACACAUCCUAAUACCAUAGAAUAGUACUAAGCGUCAUUACCAUAAAUGAAAAUUAGAUAAUUAUUAUUCUGCAACUAUCCAUGACUCACGAACUAUUCUAAGUUAUCGUUUUAAAACACCACAUAUACAUCAUACUACUUUUGAAUUACAAAACAAAAUAAAUACGACGCUGAUUAAUUCCAAAUAUUCGAAACAACGUGACAACGUUGCAAAAGUAAAUUAUUUUAAUUGAGUUAGGUUAGGUUAGGCGAUUGUGUCUGAAUAACAAGAGUUUAUUACAAUUGAAUUGUGCUUAUUUGGAAGGGAAAGGCAUAGGAGUGUAGAUGUAACAUGAAGAUUAAUAAUAUUCAAUACGUAUCCUCGCAUAAAACAUAACCUAGAAAUAAGAUUUUUAUUAAUUAUUUAAGUUUGAUUGAGCACAUAUAGUUUAGUUGAUAUCCGUCGAUUCUUUUUUAAAUUUUAGAUUGCAUGUAUUUUUUUCAUUUUAUCUCAAUUAUAACGUGUAUUUCGUUAAUUUAGCAAAAUAAUUGUGUAUGCAGAGAAAACUACAAAAAAAAAUGAUAAAAUUCGAAAUAUUUAGAAAAUUAAGCUAACUCACAAAAAAAUAUUUUUUUUGUUUACUAUUGCAAAUAUUUUUAUUUAUUUUUUAUAUUACAGAAAGUGUGUUAUAUACAGGUUGGUUGAGAAUGUCUGCAUUUUCCUAACGUAUACUAGGAUUGUCGAAAAGUUAUUUUUACCAUACUAUAAAUUAUAUGUAAACUUUCCGUACAAUCCUCGUAAUAAGUAAACGGAAAUUAGGAUUAGGUUUAUUUCAGUAUGGUUUGUGUUUAGCUUGAUUAUAUGUGAGCAGACAAUUAUAUGUAAGUUAAAGGAAUGUAUUAUGGAGCACGUCUAGUUGAUAGUUAUUAAUUUGUAUGCAUAGUGAAUGUAUAAUUGUGAAGCAAUAUGUGAAAAAAAACAAAAAAAACACAUUUUUCUGGUGUUGAUUCUGAAAAAAGUAUGAAAAGAUGAUAUAAAAAGUUGAAAACAAUAAAAUUAAUUAUGUUGA